AUGGACUUUGCAGAGAACUAUUCGUGUAAGUCUCUUGUAGAGGUACAGAGUGCCUAUUGGAACCAGACCCCAGUCACCAUACACCCAGUAGUUGUAUAUUUCCGUGGCCAAUCAAAAUUAGAACACAAAAGCAUCGCAAUAAUUUCUGAUGAACUUUCUCAUUGUACCAGUACAGUGUGCACAUUUCUUGAUUCUUUAGUUCCAGUCUUGAAGGAAAUCUGUCCAAAUGUCGAGUUUGUCCACUACUGGACGGAUAGUCCAUCAAGCCAAUACCGCAAUAAAACCAUUUUUGACCUCGUUGCAAAUCAUUCAUCAGUUUAUGGAAUUCAGGCCCGUUGGAAUUAUUUUGAGGCUGGGCAUGGCAAGGGACCUUGCGACGGUCUUGGUGGAACAAUCAAAAGAAUGGCUGACGAAGCAGUGAAGAGAGGAGCAGUUGUUAUUCAAGAUCCAAAAGAAUUUUUUGAUUGGUCUAUAACUUCAAACAUGAAAGAAGUGAAGUUUUUGUUUGUAAAAAAAGAAGAUUGCAAGAAGAAGCUCGACCAACUAAAUAAACUAAAGCUGAAGCCAAUUAAAGGAACAAUGAAGUUUCAUGCUGUAGCCUAUGACUUACAGACGGCCGAACUUUGCACCAGAGAAACAUCAUGCUACUGUGACACAUGCUUGAAAGGGAAAUUCUGUGAAUCCUGGAAUAGACAGACAUAUGAAGGUAACACAAAUCAUAACAGUCACACAGAAGAAACAGUCACACAAAACGAAUUGCAAGAAAGUAAUGAGAUCCAAAAUGAAGAUUAUCAUGAAAUAAUAAUAGUAGAAGUGUCAGUGGAUGACUUUAUUGCAUGUGUUUAUGAAGGUCAGUGGUACAUCGGGAAAAUUUUAGAUAUGGAUGACGAAGAUGUACAGGUUACCUUUCUCGAAAGAGCGAAAGCUAUGUUUAGGUGGCCAACUUCACCUGACACGAUAUGGUGCAAAAAAUCAGACGUCUUCUAUAAACUUGAUCAUCUAGAGCCUUCCGGCAAGAGCAAACGCUUUUGGAAAAUAAGCCCAGAGGACAGAACUAGAAUUGAGAACAACUUUGAAGCUCAUGAAUUGAACACAAAUAAAUAA